AUGCAAGAUAUUGAAAAUUCUCCGAGUAACGUUAAUGAAAUGUCGCCCUAUUUAGGAUCCAAGUACGAAAGUCCAAUUUCCUCGAGAUCUCCUAGUCCAAAUUUGCCUUCGGCUCAAGCUAACGAACAAAAAUAUAUGUCGGAUGACGAAAUAUCUGUCGGAUGUCCUAGUCCUGCCUUACAUACAUCCCCGAAUUUCAGACAGUCGAUAGACAACAGUUCUACAUUCUCUACAAAUUGUAGAUGCCCCGAGGAGUCAGAAGACUACUUCAAACCGUUGAAAAAACUAAAAAUGGUCGAGGUAGAAACAGAACGAAGACUUUCUCCGACGGUAGACGUAGAGGAACGACAGGACGGGGUAAAAAGCUUCUCCAUAGCCGACAUCCUAAACCACAAACCCGCAAAACCGACAUGCAACCGCAUCGUAAGGCCUUGGGAUAUAGAUCCAGAGAUGGAAGCCCACCAGCAAAGGCUGGAAUCGUUUCAUAGACAAUUAAAAGUCCAACAACUGGCGCUUCUGAGGCCGGAGUUUGCGUUUAAUGUUAGUUAUACUUCUGAAACUGGUAGUGACCGGUCUUCUAGUGUAGCCAGCGAUUGUUGUUCGCCAGAUAUCAUUCCCGCUGCCGUGCAGAGGCAGAGGCAUCACCAGCAGCAACAGCAGGGCAAGCAGCCUGGAGCUACUCCUCUGGACGCGCUCUUCCAGAUGACUUCGAAGACUUUUGAUUCUUCGGCGGGGGAGAGUAGUGCCGAUGGCCAGAACCACCUCAACCUCUUCAACAACCGGCAACAACCAAAGAAAAAGCGGAAAUCCCGCACGGCGUUCACCAAUCACCAAAUCUUCGAGCUAGAAAAACGUUUCCUCUACCAAAAAUACCUCAGUCCUGCCGACCGCGACGAAAUCGCGUCCAGUUUGGGCUUGACCAACGCCCAAGUCAUCACGUGGUUCCAGAAUCGACGGGCGAAGCUCAAGCGAGACAUGGAGGAGCUGAAGAAGGAUGUGGAGAGUGCGAAACUGUUGAGUGCGCACAAGAGUUUUUUAGAGAACGUGACUGAUUUGGGGAUUUUGAAAAAGAAGGCAAUUAUUAGUGAGGAUGAUUGCCCGAAGAAUUUAGUCAUGACCGAAAAGUAA